AUGGCUUCGUGUCUUCCCACAAGGCUGCUUUGCCAGAUCAAUGGGCAGUUUUCCGUCGUUAAUUCCAGCGAUGCGUACAUUGAAAGCUUCGACAUCGUAUCGUAUACCUGGGGUGCACCAGCGAAAGAAGAAUGGGACUGCGGUAUACCAGGCGUGGAUUGGGUACUAAAGAUAGCAGAAAACAAAAUGGAGGACAUCAAAAGGCUGAUGAUAACGGAAAACAUUCAAUACCUGUGGGCAGACUGCGUAUGCAUCAAGCAGACUUCGGAUGCAGAUAAGGCUGUUGAGCUGUCCCGGAUGUUCGAGUAUUACAAGAGCGCGGAAAGAUGUCAUAUCCUUCUUGAUAUGCCCGUUGUGUGGAAUCCACAGCAGAUUGUGGAUGACCUCAAGUUUCUCGAUCACGUUCGGUCGCAUAUGAAAGGGUCAGCGCUCGCGGCAGGUGCGCCGGGUCUCAUGCCGGAUCAGAGAACGCGACUCCAAGAGUGGGCGGAUGCGAACUGGGCAUUUGAAAUACCAAAGACAACGGUCAGGACAGCUGCAAUCGAUAUGGGUGUGCUAAACUGUUAUGCCACGUGUAUAUCGCGCAUUGGUGAACUCGAAACUUGGAUGGGUCUUGCCCUGGAUUCGCUGGAUAAGUCACUCAAGCUGCAAGAGUGGAUCCAGGAGUCCAGAUGGGUCAACAAUGCAUCCAUUGACGCGGUUCUAAGAGUCAUUGAAGAAGAUGAGUGGGCGCUGCGUAGUCUCCGUCAGCAAGUCCGAGGCAUUGAGAGCGCGAGGACUGACAUCAUUAAUGGAGGGCCACACUGGUGGCAUGACAACACAAAAGGUGUUGCAAAUAUCUUCUCAGCGGUUUCCUUGACUCCGCGAAGUUGCGGGGCAGAGGAGGAUAUAUUCCGAGGCCUUCUGGGUAUUUUCAGUGGAUUGUUUACCAGUGAAGAGAUCAAGGAACAGCUUUCUGGAAAAGAUAUGGAGAAGAUGUCAUUCAACUUCUUCAAGCAACUAUCCAUCAAAACGGAGCGGGCGUGGACCAAACUAGCAAUAAGCAGCCGCGAGCGGGGAGAGUGGGAUUGGAUUCCUGUGGUCGAAAACUACAGCAGCAAACCAACAACAGAUUGCUUCGCUGGAGUCGUUAGUCUAGGAAGGGUGAAAACCAAAGGCCAGGCAAAAUCUGCCGCAGUAACCGGGGUCAAAGGAAGUCCGAAGAAGUACAUGAAAAUUCGUCUGGUUCCGAACACCGAAACCGCGGGCUUCAGCUUCGUCUUCAAAGGCUGUAAUUGUGGAAAGAAGAUGAAGAAGGGCAUGUUUUCUAAAGAGCUUAUACCAACCUAUGACCAACCUAGGAAUGUGGUCAAGGAUGAGACUGGCAAGGUGCUAGUUCAAUGUGCGACCAUACUGGCAAGCCUCAUGGAUCCGAGCAGCAACUUUGUUGAGUACAGACAAAGAUUGCUUCGUAAUCUACGGCCAAAUUGGAGGACGACAGAUCCAUGUGCGAAACCCACAGAGUGGGAAGAUCGAUGCGUCAGCGGUACCGCUUGGGAAGAUCCAUCACCGCAGUUUUUUCGAAGCCAUAAUAUGUCGAUGAACUACCGCAUGGUCGACUUUACCAGUUUUGAAUCUCGGCUAUGGAAUGAGAACACAGAGAAGAUCUCCUGCGAAGUGCGGGUGAAUUGCGGUUGUACAGUCACUGCUCCAUUUGCAAUGAUUUUUGAGGCACUUAGAGCUAUCGAAGGAAGCUCUCUAGGCGAUACACGGGCGGCUCGUGAUCUUGACGACCGUAUUAUCCUUCGAGAUGGCCGUGGACUGGUGCAGAUCGGUGCUGUAGGGAACACGUUUGAUGUGCUAGGUUUCGGGGGAAGUGUAGAGGCCUACAGGUCGCAUGCAGCCUCUUGUAAGAAUCUGAAGUCUAGCAAGCCCGUGAUUCCAAAGAUACCAUGGCCUACGGGACGGGCCCUUGUCAGAGAAGAGUUUGCGCAUGGUAUCAUGGCCCAGAUGCGCGAUUACGGGUACAUUUGGACGGGCGGUUCGGGGAAUUUGCUGAUAAGUCGCGACCACGUCAUGGACCGGUAUAAGAUUAUCGGGGUGUGUAUUGACGAGUAUAUUGAGAAUGAGAAGGGUGAAAAGGCAGUGACGAUUCGGUGA